CGCUCCCUCCGAGGAAACGGAAAUUACGUCGCUUCGGUCAAAGGUUAUUGUGCGCGCCUCUCGUGUGUCUCAACUAGCAACAGCGUAGAGAAACGUUCCGUGACAAAAAAAAACUAACUUCUAAACCAUUCCGGCUGUUUUGUUUCACAUAACACAAAAGUCGUUUUACUGUUAUUUACGUGGUGUCUUUAGCCUAAGGGCUAGCCUGGCUAGCUUUGGUCGGUGGCUGUUGAAGAAAUGACCGACUAAUUAGCUCAAUAGUAGUUAGCUAGCUUAGCAUUUAGUUCGCUAGCGGCACAGGACAGAAGCAAACAUGCAGGACUUACUGGCUAACGUGGACCAUAUCAAGUUUGACCUGGAGAUUGCCGUGGAGCAGCAGCUGGGGGCUCAGCCUCUGCCGUUCCCCGGCAUGGACAAAUCCGGCUCCGCUGUGUGCGAGUUCUUCAUGAGAGAAGAGUGCCUGAAAGGUGGGAUGUGUCCUUUUCGGCAUAUCAGUGGAGAGAAGACAGUGGUGUGCAAACAUUGGCUCAGAGGUCUUUGCAAGAAAGGAGACCAGUGCGAGUUCCUUCACGAAUAUGACAUGACUAAGAUGCCUGAAUGCUACUUCUACUCUAAAUUUGGUGAGUGUAGCAACAAGGAAUGUCCCUUCCUGCACAUUGAUCCUGAGUCGAAGAUCAAGGACUGUCCCUGGUAUGACAGAGGCUUCUGCAAACACGGCCCUGACUGCAGACACAGACACACAAGAAGAGUGAUUUGCGUUAACUACCUGGUUGGCUUCUGUCCAGAGGGAAAAUCUUGCAAAUUUAUGCACCCUCGUUUUGAAUUACCAAUGACUGAGCAGCCUCCUCUGCAGCAACAAAUUCAGAGUCAGUCAAAGAUGGGGUUAUCCAUGGGCCGCUCGUCACUUUCUUCAGCUCAGUUUGCCAGCCAAGGCCACCGUUCACAUAACCACUUCUCCAUGGGUGGGAAUCAACACAACAAUCAAAUUUCUGGCAGAGGUCCACGGCCGCUGGACCAGGUCACCUGCUAUAAGUGUGGAGAAAAGGGCCACUAUGCCAACAAGUGCAAUAAAGGCCAUCUUGCGUUCCUGAGUGGACAGUGACCUUUGAGCUGCAGUGAAGAAGACCUGCAAGUGAGGCUGAAGUCCCAAGUGAAAGACUGACAAAAGCCACGUGUGCCAUCUUCAUACACGCGGAGACACUUCUGUCUUGGCCUUCAGACAUUGUGCUCAAGAUGUUAUGGUCACUCAUCACGUGGGAUAUCCCAGUGGAAUUUUCUACCAAAUUUAUACGCAGAUAUCACUUUUUCUCAGAUGAUUGGACAUCUUUAGUAUGGCGCUGAGAUGAUAUUUUCUUCUAUUAGCUGUAUUUGCAUUAGCCUUGAUCCACAUUUUGUGAACAGUUUAAACUCUGGAAGUAGCUCACUGCCUAAACUAAUCAUGAUACAAAGUGUAUAGUUCAAACACCACAACUGAUGCCAUGAUGUCCGGACAUUCUCCUAGUGUGUAAAUAAAUGUUCCAUUCUAAAAUGA